UGGGCCCCUAUACCGCCUCCUCAUGCUAGCUGCCAGGUACUCGUAAUCUGUCAUGCGCACCUGUACCGCGCUCCUCAUGUUGCUGCCAGGUCCCAGAAGUGUGUCAUGGGGCCCUCGUAGCCGGACUCCUCAUGCUGCUGCCAGGCCCGUAUAGUAAUCUGUCCAUUUGGGCCCCUGUACCGACCUCCCAUGCUGCUGCCACUGGUCAGAGUGUGUGUCAUGGGUACCCUGUACGGCCUCCCAUUGCUGCUGCCAGGCCCGUAAUCUGCCAUGGGCCCCUUACCGAUCUCCUUCAUGCUGCUGCCAGGCCCUGUUAAUCUGUCAUGGGCCCCUGUACAGCCUCCUCAUGCUGCUGGCCAGGUCCAGAGUGUGUCAUGGGUCCCUGUACGGCCUCCCAUUGCUGCUGUCUCUAUCGCCACACACUCUGCCAUGUGCCACUUUCAGGUCUCCUCACACUGCUGGUGGUUUUCCAUUUUUGUCAUAGGGUGCUGU